GAGUCGGGCCUCAUUGGGCAGCAUAUCGGAUCGACUGCAGGUCAAACCUAACACCUACUCCAUAUGAAUAAAGAGCCUAUAAUAAUCCAUCAAACAAGGGAAAUUGAGGUAAACAAACAAUUGGCCGAUAAUAUUUUUUCAAAAGACAGAGAGCAUUCAAAACUAUAAGUCAUACACUCCAAUUGAUAAAGUUGAAACCCCUCAACACUUAAAGAAAAUUAUCAACAACCAAUUCAUUUCCUAAUUGUCGUACUAAUUAAAAUCUAACAGGCCCACCAUACAGAAGUAACACAACUGACAACCCCCAUUUUAAUUUCAUGGUCAACCAACAUUAUAUUAUAUCUUUAUGACUUUAUCAAGGAAUAUCAUGUUGAAUUUUAUGAACAGCCCUCCAAAUUUGACUUCAAUUUCCAUUAAUAGUAAGUAGAUAAACACAAAGACAUCAUGACAUCAGUCAGCAAACCACCUCCUUUACAAGUAUAAAUAUCCGCUUUUGUAUCUUUCUUCAAAACAUCCAAAACUCGAAAUCUUUCCCAAAAAUAAAAUGUCUACAAUGUUGAAUAAUUAUUUUAGCAUAUGGUGUUCAUUUGUAGUGUUACUCAUAAUUUAUAGUAGUGUACAAGUUGAAGGCCAAAAUUGCAGAACAACAGGCUACUUCAGAGCCACAGCCCCUCCAGCAGGGCAAUGCACUUCCAACUGCUGUGUCCAAAACACUGUCUACUUCACCUUCCAAUGCUCCCCUUCAGUAACCCCCCAAACACCGGGAACGCUCAGCCUUAGGAGCUUUAAGAACAGCCACUCAAAGUGUGAUAACACUUACCACACCGACAACUCACCGGUGGUUGCACUGUCAACAGGGUGGUACAGUAGUGGGGCCCGGUGUGGGAAGAUGAUCGCGAUAAGUGGAAAUGGGAAGACUGUGAUGGCUAAGGUGGUUGAUGAGUGUGAUUCUACAAAGGGGUGUGAUGCAGGGGAAGGCUAUCACCCUCCCUGUGGGUAUAAUAUUGUUGCUGCAUCUAAGGGUGUUUGGAAGGCUUUGGGGGUACCACAGAGUCAGUGGGGCCAACUUAGUGUUACAUGGGCUGAUGCUUAAGAUGAGAUUAUGUUAUACUUCAAUUUAAAUGCUGGAUUAUACAGCAAGCAUUAUAUGAGCUGAUGUAGAAUAAAGGAAGUAAAUCAUGUACUGAAACAAUGGCAAUAAACAAGCAGUCAUAUGCAUAUGAACUACUCAAAGACCUGCAUUCUGUAUUUCUGUUAUGAUGAAUAUAAAAGGACAUGCAUUCUGUUUGUCGAA